AUGAAGAACAACUCCCGAGAAAUACGUGAGCCUGAGAUCUUCGCAUGCGCAAAAGCGUUGCGACAGAAAAGCUAUAAGAAAGUCGGCGCGAUAGGAUUCUGCUAUGGAGGCUGGGCAGUUUUCCGGUUGGGUGCCAAGGGACAUCAACCACCACUCAUCGAUUGUAUUUCAACAGGCCAUCCCAUGCUCUUGACAAAGAAGGACAUCGAAGAAGUCGCAGUUCCCGUACAGAUUCUGGCACCCGAAAUUGAUCAAUUAUAUACCCCUGAGAUGAAACAGUUUACCUGCGAGACCGUUCGGAAGUUGGGGCUGCCGUUGGAUUAUCAAUAA